GCCGUUUCCAUGGCCCGCAUCGUCACAUUCCUGCGACUGCCGUCAACCACAACCUCAACGAAGACGCCCUCUUUUUGCGCUGAGCGCAUUCGCAACACUUCCGCUCUUUCGAAACGAUCACAAUAGUCGACGGACCAGGAGCAAUUGGCCGAUACGAGUUCGCGUCGCACAGGGGGUUUGGUUCGCCAGGAAACAACCGUUUCUGCCCAUCGCGAUCUCAUCAAUCGCACAGAGCAUUCUCUUCACCACUAUCACCUCUACCACGCCUGCCGAACCGAUCUUCGACUUUCGCUCUUCAGCAUACGUGAAGCACACACGCUUGAACGACCAUCGCCGCAGCUUGAGCAUCCCCAAUCAUCAUGGAAGACACACAUCCCGACCCGGCAAUGGCGACGCCAUCACCACAGCCCGACUACGGCCGGAAUAGGCUUCCGACUCUCUUCGAGGUGCUCAGCCGUCGUACUCUGCCGCCCGUCGACCUCUUUUCCUUCUACAUCUACAUGCGUGAUCAACAACGAUCCGUUGAUUACCUUGACUUCUGGCUUGAUGUCGCUCAGCACAUGUCACUAUGUCGCCAUUAUGUCCGUGAACUCCGCCGUUCUGUUCUAGUUGGCACGCCGGAGUUGGAGAAAGCCGGUUCCAAGCGUUCCUCGGCCAUCCUCGAAAGUAUGGGCGACAUGACCAACAUAGGUAUUGGAGCCGGCCCAUCCAUGUACGCAACGGAAAAGGAGAAGGACCAGGACGCCCAAAUGUCUGCCUACCUCCGUGAAGACCAGAUCCAGGACUCGCCACAAAGCAGCAAUGAUCGCCGCAACAACAGCCGGCCCAGUCCAGCAUUCAGCACUCCUCGCGACGUCACGUCCGACUCCAACUCGCCUGGCCACACAGUUGCCCGCCAGGAUAUUCGUGCCUCAGCGGAGAAGAUCCUUUACACCUUCCUCCUUCCCGGUGCGGAGCGCGAAAUCACUCUACCUGGCAGCAUCACCCAAGAUGUCACGUCAGCCAUCGAAGAGUUUGGGAGGGAUGACCCAGAGGUGUUUGACGUAGCUAAGGACUAUGUCUUCCAGGCUAUGGAGCGGGAUGCCUUCCCUGGUUUCCUACGCAUGAAGGCGCUUGGAAAUCUUAUUCCGCCAACACUGGUUAUGCGUCUCAUUUUUGGUCUCGUAGCAAUGUUCGGUGCCUUCUGGACGGCCUUCGUCCUCAUCUUCCUUGACAGGAGCCGACUUACCAGAUGCUGGCUGAUCCUGCCAUUUACCUUGGGUGUUUACUUCCUCGCAUCAUACCAGUACUCUCUCGAUCCCGUCCUCGCUCUCAUUGGCUUGAGCGAGUACACGCCUUUCAACUUCUCCCGCGUUCGUGAACCAUACGUCCGCACGCUACUCGCCAAACGAGCCAUUAUGGUUCUUGCCGUCACUAUUCUGAUCGAUGCUGCCCUCUGCGUACUCUUCAUCCUGGUUCCAGGCAAGAGAUUGUAGAUCCAGGAGUAAGCCAGAGCCUGUAUCAGCAGAAGCCUGGGGCGCGGCUGGCAGGCCGGGGACUUGACGAACGUAAUGAUAUUCCAAGGCGUAAAGGAUUCGAGCGGGGCUUACGGAUUUGCUUUUACUUCUUACUCUUCUUCAUCGAGGAUAACACACUUCGCACUUUGCUUUCCAGUCUCUCCCUUUAGGAUACCACGUGGUCGAUAAGGAUGGGUGGCAUGCAGAUGGUAAUUGUAUGGAUUAGGCUGGCUGGCACUGAUCCAGUUUGGCACCAUCGACCCAUUGGUCGAGCGAUUCACAUCGUCUUUCUUCUGUACUUGGACCAUUUGAGAUGUUACAGGCAUGUAUCAUCACCAACAACUUUCUGUCUUGUGUGUAACUGCCUUUUUUGUAAAAGGAAGUGCACGACGGCCCUUGAUCCUAUUUGUAUAUGAGAGCAACGAAGCCUGCGAGCCAGGCCCUUAGUCCCUGGAGAAUCGGACACUUUCAAAACAA